AUGGCUCAUAGCCAGAUCUCGACUCCGGAGAUACAGGGCCGGCACACAUUCAAGUACACCCGUUUCACGGACUCAACCUCAAUCCGCAUCCUGACUCUGUCCCCGGGCCGGCCUGGUGACCCGCUUCGUGGUGAGCUGUCCGUCGAGGACCUGGCCUCUGCCCAGCCGUAUGAGACUGUGUCCUAUGUCUGGGGUCUAGGGGGUCGCUGCGCAGAGCUCAUAUGUAACUCGGAAUAUCUUUCAGUCACUCAGAGUGCCCACGAUGCCCUCGCUCGCAUUCGGUCCCCGGACACCCCGAGAAGGGUGUGGGCGGACCAGAUCUGUAUCAACCAGGACGAUGUGGCGGAGCGGAGCCAGCAAGUCCCCCUGAUGAAUUCAAUAUAUCACGGCUCCGACCGUGUGCUGGUGUGGCUGGGUAAAGAUCCAAACGGUAUUGCUCCAGAGGCAAUGAAGAUGGUGAGGUAUUUAAAUACCGUUUUUGGGGAUGAAACAGCACAUCAAACCUUCCGACAACAGUACUCGGAAGAGCUCUUGGCUCAAAACAGAGAGCCUUGGAUCCCGCUAUCCAAACUUACAAAGUUGCCAUGGGAAAUUGGCACAGCUUCAUCAGCAACCCUUUUCUGGGGUGAUUCUCAAAUCGAAUGGGAUGAACUCUCAUCCGCGGCCGCUGUACUGAACGUUGAUUACCACUCGCUCAGAACUCACUUCCAAAUCUACACGCCGUCGAUCCGCUACCUGCAUAAGCGGUUCGUCGUCCCAGAAGCAGCCCAUGAUGAUUCCCACAACCGCGGGAACUUCAUAUACGAGCUUCAUCGCGCAAGGCAUAUGGAGGCCAAGGAUCCCAGAGACCGCGUUUACGCAUUUCUGGGCCACUACACCAUGCAAACAAACGGCAGUGCCCUGGCGUCCUUGAAGCCCGACUACAGUCGGCUAGUCGAAGAGGUGUACAUCGACGUUGCGAUUCGCAGCCUCAAAGACUCCUCCUCCCUCAUCCUACUCGCGGCUUGCCAGCCCUGCGGCUCGCCGAAAAGAAUCGCCCGCAUAUACCGGAGGCGGGUGUACGUGCCGACCUGGGUCCCGGAUUGGAGGAUUCUGCCGUUGCACAUGUUCGCGAGCCCUACCACCCCCCACAAGGCAUGCGGUGAUACCUCCCCGAGGCUCGACAUUGACGAGAACAAACGGCUACUCCAUAUAGUCGGUGUGCGCGUAGAUACCAUCUCACGCUGUUUCCGAACUUUCCAGAAUGGCGAUUUCCAGAUGCAGAAGACAAAACGAAAAUACGACUCGCAUUAUCCAACAUCUUUCGAGGAGAUGUGGACAAAGGUGACCGGGCAAAAGGAGAUCUCCCUGAACGCCAGAUAUAAGCGCACCAAGGAGCCGGCAUUCGUCGCCAUGACGCAGACCCUGACCAACGGCUGCAUCGGCGUUGAUCGCUCACAGCCCUAUGAGGAGAUCCCGACGUCCAGGUGGACGGCUGCGGCCGCCUCCUAUCUUCUGCACAUCCGGGACGGAAACUACGCCGGUAUAACUGAAGAGGUACAGGCGCUUGCUGCCGAGGGAGAGCCAUUCAAGUGGAGCCAUGAAGCUACGCUCGUCACGCGGUAUCGCCGGUUCGCCAUCUCAUCAGAGGGGUACUAUGUCCUCGGGUCGGACAUGAUGGAGAAGGGAGACGUGAUUGUCGUUUUGUAUGGCGGGCGGACCCCGUUCGUGCUCAGACCCCAAGGCGACACUUGGGCGCUGAUGGGUGAAUGCUACGCCCAUGGACUUAUGGAUGGGGAGGCGUUUACACUUGGGGAAAAGGAGGAGGUUUUUACGAUUGUAUGA